UUUAUAUAUUGAAAAAUGUAUGGUACACGUGUCGCAUGCUGUAGUUGAUACAAAGCUUAGAUAUAUAUUAUUGUAAAAAAAAUAUACAUUUAAAAGUGUAUCAUACUUUACAUAAUAACCUAUAAUUUACAUAAUAAUCUACGUAUAAGAUGAGAGGCUUUUUAUUCGUAAGUCUAUUUUUAAUAAGCGUAUUUGCAGAGCCUGAUGAAAUUGAUCUAAAGCAUUUGAAAUGUUUAGUUUGCAGGGCAAUUAUGAAAGAAUUACAGGCUCAAGUAUCCAAAGCCAAUCCAAACAAAUUAGUUGAAGUAGGUAGUUAUAGGAUGGAUGCUGAGGGAAAUACUAAACGCAAAAUGGUUCCAUUAAGCCGAUCAGAAGUAUACAUCUUGGAUUUGUUGGAUGAUAUCUGUGAGAAAAUGACAGAUUACGUGAGAGCAAGAAAGAAAUCUAAUAAUCAAUUGACAAUAUUAAAUCUCAUGUCUUCACCGGGUAUGAUGAAUCCUCGGAUGGGAGAAGUUGACAUAAUUCAAGAUGGUGAUUUAAAUAAGAGUCUAGAGCAUUACUGCAGAUUUAUAGUUGAGGAAUUUGAAGAAGAUAUAUUAUCAUUAUAUAUUCAUGAUAUACACAAUAAGAAAGAGAAGCUUUGUACACAGAUUUCAGAUAUCUGUAAUGAAAAUUAUAUUGAUGAUGAUGACGAUGAUAAUAAUGAUUAUAAUGAUAAUAAUGAUUAUGAUGAGAAUGUUUCUAAUCACGAUACUACUGAUAUUGAUUAUGAUGAGGACAGAGAUGAAUUAUAAAUGCAUUUAGAACAAUUUCAAGCAAGUGUGGAAAUAUUAUUUAUAUGUGUAAGUGAAUUAAGAAAAUAUGUAGAAAUUCUCAAAGAUAUUAAGUUACAUCAACCAAUUAAAUGGUUUUUGUUUUGUAAACAAUUCGGUGCAUGAAAUAUAUAAAUAUUUUACAUUUUGCUAUUUAAA